CUAAGUUGGUGUGUAUGUGUGUGCAUAUCUAUGCAUUCUGUGGGGAUAAUUCACCCUAUGUAUGUAUCACUGCUAAGAAAAGGAAAUUUUAAUUCAUCACUGACAGCAGCACCUGGAGCAGCAGUAAUAACAAUAACGGCACUAAAUAAGAAUAUGUCAACUCAGUUAUUUUUACUUUUUACAUCAAUAACUUUUAUCUAUGCCUGGCAAAAUGAUGCCAAUUCUUACAACAGUUAUUCUUCACCUUCAUCUAGUCAACAACAAGCUUCAGUUAUCCAAGAAGACAUAGAAGCUGAGUGUCAAAAAUGCGAUCAAAAGAAAUGUCCACCGAUAACUCAAUGCAAUGUCGGUAUUGUACGUGAUAAAUGUGGAUGUUGUGAUAUUUGUGCACUCGAAGAAGCUCAGCUGUGUAAUAUUCCACAAGAUUUUCAAAAUGGUGUCCUAAAAUCAGGUAUUACAUGGCAUGGGAUCUGUGGGACAGAUAUGGAGUGUCGUACACGCACAGAUAUUGACUCAAAAGUCAUAGGAUCACAAAGUAUUUGUUAUUGUGUUAAACCGGGUAAAGUAUGCGGUUCUGAUGGUGUCACAUAUUCAAAGUGUAAAAUGAAUGCAACUAUCACUGCGUCAAAUGGUAAGAUCACUGCGUUGAGCGAAGGACCUUGUCAAACUGUACCCAUGGUUAAGUUGACAGCAUUGAAUCAAACAGUUACAGAAGGUACAAAUGUCACACUGAUAUGUGAAGCUCGUGGUUAUCCAAUACCAACGAUUUCUUGGUAUUUUAAUAAACCAAAUCAAAAACAGGAUAAAAUUCAAAUGCCAGGUAAUUACAAAGAUGUUACAGUCAGUGUUCGUGGUGGAACUGAAGAGACGCAUACAAUCUCUUAUCUGCAAAUAGUUAAUUUCAGUCUAGACUAUGAAGGUGAAUAUGUCUGUAUGGCUGAUAAUAUUGUUGGUAUUAAAGCUCAAGGUACAUCUCUUGUUAGAAAUGCUGUUUUAUCGUCCACAAUACCACAAUCACAUUAUCUUAGUAAAGAAGAACAAGAAGAAGCAGAAGAAGAUUAUUAUUAUCGUAAAUGAGAACUACAGAAAUACUCAGCUCUCACUUAUGUUGUUUGAAACUUUUAUUUUAUUCUAACUAGUCAUCUAUUAUUUAUGAAAAACGUUAAAAUACUCUGUAUACACUUCAAUUUUAUUUGUUUCAUUCUUUAUGAAUUUUAUUGAUUCUGAUAUCUUGAUGACAUAUGGAUACGGUUAGGCUUUUUUCAAAAAAAUCUCGCCAUUUUUGUUGUUUUAAUGCAUUCAAAUCAGUAGUAUAUUGUUCAAUGAUUCAAUGUUCAACGUUUUCAUGUUUUAUUCAUUAAAAAAAGAUAAUCAUUCGGUUUAUUUAGCGAAUUUUUUCCUUUCAUUUUAAUAUGAUCUGUCAUUCAUCUUAUAAAGUUAUUGAAUAAAUAAAUAAAUAAAUAUA